CGCACGCAAAUCGAAAACAAUAAAAAAGGCUGCAGUCGUAGAUGCUGAAACCGCCCUAUCCUGCCCCAAAAUGCGCACCUCCAAACCGCCGCAGCAGCCCGACGAAGCGGAGCGCCGGCUGCGCGAUGCGGAGCGCCUACUGAAGGAGGCCCUCUACGAGAUGCAGCACGGUCAGCGGGGCCCACCGGGCGACCUCCACCCUCCCUGCGAUCACGCCGACGAGUCCUGCGUCGCGCAUGCCGUCGGCAACCUGUGCCAGACCUUCCUGCUCUCCUACGGGAUUCGCGUCGGUAUCGGGAUUCUCCUCCGCGCCUUCAAGCUCGCUCGCCUCAAGUCCUAUUCCUCUCUCCUUGAUAUCAAGCAACUCGUAUCAGAGAAAGACCUUAUAGUGAGAGAAGAAGCGUGUCGAAUUGGCUUGCUUUUUGGGGGAUUCACCGGCUCCUACCAUGCUUUGAGGUGUUUGCUCAGAAAGACGAGGAAGAAGGAAACACCAUUAAAUGCAAUUUUAGCAGGUGCAGUCUCUGGUUUGUCUAUUCUAGCAUUAGAUGAUUCCAGCAGAAGGCGCACACUUGCUUUAUAUCUUUUGGCUAGGCUUGCUCAGUGUGCCUAUAACUCGGCUAAAUCUAAAAACAAAUUCCACUUAUGGGGAAGUCAUUGGAACCAUGGAGACACUCUACUCUUUGCAAUAGCUUGUGCGCAGGUUAUGUACUCCUUUGUUAUGCGCCCUGAGAGCUUGCCAAAAUCAUAUCAAGAUUUCAUUCAGAAAACAGGCCCUGUUGCAGCUCCAGUAUACAAGGCUGUAAGGGAGUGCUGUAGAGGCUCUCCAGUAGACGUUGCAUCACUAGCUGCUUACCUGUCUGGCAGGACAUCCACUGAUGUGAAGUUGGAUAAGUUUCCUGAACUUAUUCCUUGCUCGGUCAUUCAUCCUGAUACAAAAUCAUGCUUAGUUCACAAUGCGAAUGCUGCAAAGGCUACUUUUAGGAAAACAUUUCCCUUGUAUUUCUCUUUGACAUUUGUCCCGUUUGUUGUUCUGCGUCUGCAAAAGUUCAUAGAUGCUCCAGUUCGUACCUGCCGGACUGCUGUUACAAAUGCUGUUCGUUCAACUUCAUUCUUGUCCGCCUUUGUUGGUAUCUUUCAGGGAGUAAUAUGUUUGCAUAGAAAAGUGGCAUUGAAGGACCACAAGUUAGUUUAUUGGCUUGCUGGAGGGCUAUCCGCCCUGUCUGUAUUAUUGGAGAAGAAAGCUAGACGUGGGGAACUAGCCUUGUACGUUCUUCCAAGAGCUGGAGAAUCAUUGUGGUACAUUUUGGUGAAUCGUCGUUUGCUUCCAGAUAUCAAGAAUGCUGAGGUGGCUUUGUUCUGUGCGUGUAUGGGUGGAAUAAUGUAUUACCUGGAGCAAGAACCAGAUACGAUGGCUCCUUUCCUGAGGGGCCUGAUUCGUCGAUUCCUUGCCAGCAGAAUUAGCAAUCCCGGGCCUCCAGCAGGCCGAAGUGCGUCUUACUCAUAUCUACAAACUCUGGAUGCCAUGAAAAAGCCAGAUGCGCUUGAGAACCAAGAGAAUGGAACUACAUCUUCUGAAAAGUACAAUCUGGAAUCAAUUCCCGGACUCUGAGGAUCUUUUUGUCCGCUGGUGAGGAGGAGAGAGACGGCUAUUCCUUGCUGGAAUUCAACUCAAAUUUGUUUUUGGGCAGCUGGGUUCUGUCCAACCCAAGAAGAUGGUUUGUUAUUGUGGUCUUACUCAUGAGAAAAAUUGUUAGUUUGGUUGGCGUGCUUAAUUUGUUGAGUUGAAUCAUUGUUAUUCUAAUAGUGAAAGAUGAGAGCUAAAUUGUGGAGGGCAUGUGCUAUGUAAAUAAUUGCAACUCGUAUAUCUUGUUAUUAGAGAAUGAAAUGCCUAAAAAUCGUAAUAAGAGUACUCACAACCAUACAGUUGUGAGUUAUCGUUA